CAUAUUUGUCAUACAAUAAGACCGGGAACCCACGCGACUACCAAAACUUCGAAAAAUCUUAGAAAAAGGGAGGUACGGGGUUCAUUGAUCAAUAAUGGCAGAUAAGUUGGACUUAAGUCUAGAUGAUAUAAUCAAACAGAACAAAAAGGGAGGGCGUGGAGGAGGCCGAGGCGGGGGACGCGGUGGUGGUGGCAGAUUCAACAAAAGCCCCCGCGGUGGUCGGAAUCGGGGAAACCGUGGAGGAGGGGGACGAGGUGCCUUUAGAGGUGGUAUACAGAAACGUAACAGCACGGGGAGAUCUCAACAAUACAGUCGUCCCAAGGAAUUACCUGAUGUUUGGCAACAUGACAUGUUUGAUGGUGGUGUGGUCCCAGUCAAGCGAUUUGGAGGCAGUGGUGGUGGAAGUGGAGAUGGAAAACUUCACAUCUCAAAUCUUGACUUCGGUGUGAAUGACUCUGAUAUACAGGAAUUAUUUGCUGAAUUUGGUCCUCUUAAGAUGGCUGCAGUCCAUUAUGACAAAUCUGGAAGAUCUAUAGGAACAGCGGAGGUUGUAUUUGAACGGCGUCCUGAUGCUCAGAAGGCUAUGAAACAGUACAAUAAUGUUCCUUUAGAUGGUAGACCUAUGAAUAUACAAUUGAUUGGUGCCACAGAGUCAGUCACAAUGUCCAGCAGAAUAGGGAGACGAGGUGGUGGAUCUCUAGGAGGUGGUGGAAGCAAAUUUGGUGGCAACAGGCAACGAGGAGGUGGAGGAAACAGGGGUAACAGGGGCGGAAGAGGCAGAGGUGGGGGAGGACGAGGACGGGGGCGUGGUGGCAAAACCCAGAUGACUGCAGAGGAACUAGAUGCAGAGCUUGAUGCUUAUAACUCAAAGAUGGAUACAGACUAAAGAAAAGGCAGCUAUUAAUGGACAAAUCGGUCAUAUUGAUCAAGACACUCGAGCUUUAACGAAGUAACUGGACAUAUAAUGCCUCAGAAAUAUUCUUUUAUGAUUGUGAAUUAAGAACAGUGUCACAUGGACUAAGGUACCUGUUCUCCUCAGACAUUCUUGUUGAUAAAGUCCAGUUCUCCUGAUGAUAAGGACAUGCCAGGUGUGAAGCUGUUUUAAAGGAGUACUGAUCUUAUGUUUUAUGUGUACUUUUUUAAAAAAAAAUAGAUAGACAAUACUUUUGAAUUGACUUUUAUUUUGUGAAGUAGUUAUCAGUAGUGAGAUGUUAAUACACUUGCAUACACCUGUGAUGGAUGUUAAAAUCUAAGAGGCGAAAAUUUAUUAUUUUAAUUUCAGUGGGUUGAUUUUCACAAUUGGAAAAGUUUAGCUAUAUUUUCAUUUUAACAAAUCAUGUGAAAGUCUCUGAAGUAUUUAUGUUUUAUUUCUCAUUAUUUUGCCUCAUCUAUACAUCAUACUCGCAAUUAUAUGUUCACUGAAUUUGUAAAUAAAAUGUACAUGUAUAACAGAAA